CUGCACAUUCUUUUUCUUCUUGAUUUCGAUUCGAAACCCAUUAGAAUUUCAAGGGGCUGUGUACGAGAAAUCGAAUUAUGCAUUUCGCCCUAAAAAAAAUUCUUAUUUUUUUUAUUUCCAAAGGAAAAUUCAGAUAUAGAUAUAAAUAUGCAUGGGAAGAAGAGAGAGACGAGAAAAGACCGCCUAGCGCGUUGAGUUCAGGAAGAAUUGGGAGGUCAGCUCUGAGCAGAGCUGAGCAGCUGACGGAAGAGAAGGCCGCCUCCGCUUCGACUUCCCACUGUCCCCAACCGAGGUAUGGGCUCUGCCACUGCUCUGCAGUGGGACGGUGGAGGCGCCGGAGCUUCCGCCAUCGAAGCGCUUGGCUCCCUCUUCAAGCUCACUGAAGUCUACCUCCGGGACGAUGGCUCCACGAAGACACGGGAGCCUCUGUCGGUCACAAAGAGCAGCAAGAGUGGAAAGGACAAGGCAAAAAAGAAGAGUUCAAGCAUGAAGGAUUCUUCAGGAUUCAAAGAAAUUGGGAAUGAAAUGCCUGAACUAUGCAAAGUGAGGGAGGGGGAUGUUGCAUCUCAUUCCCCUUUUCAUAAUGAUCCUAUUCCUAGUGGUUCUUCAAGUUCCAUGUCCAUGCUGGGCCAAAGUCUAUCAUCUUGCCCUGAUGUUGCAGCACAUGCCCAGAAAUCCACUUGCGAUGCCGAAGAAGGAUUAUCUUUCUUCUCUGUAGCGACUAGUCUUUUUCGGUGCAUUACUGGUAUUCUUUUACAGAAGAAGAGUGGAAAGGACAAGGCAAAAAAGAAGAGUUCAAGCAUGAAAAUUUCUUCAGGACUCAAAGAAAUUGUGAAUGAAAUGCCUGAACUAUGGAAAGUGAGGGAGGGGGACGUUGCAUCUCAUUCCCCUAUUCAUGACGAUCCUAUUCCUAGUGGUUCUCCAUGUUCCACAUGGCCCCGACCCGAAUAAGCUUGAUAGUAGUUGCAAUGAAGAUAGUAUGGCGCCCUUGUCAAAUAAUCAAGAUAUCAGCAGCAUGACAAAUGGUGUCACUGAAGUUGUUUCAGAGGAGACUUUGCAGUUAGAUGAGCCAGAUGCUCAGAGUGAUUCUCACGUGAGAAAACGAAUGAAGAAAAUAACAAAAAAGAAGGGGCAGGGGACAUUUUCUGGUGCUGCUGAUGAAGAUUAUUCAACAAGUGUCAAGAAGUACAGGAAGCAGCGGUAUCAUCUAUUCUCCAGAUAUGAUGAUGGUGUAAAACUGGAUGAGGAAGGGUGGUUUUCUGUCACCCCAGAGCCUAUCGCUAAUCACCAUGCCCUUCGUUGUGGCAGUAAUGCCAUAAUUGAUGGAUUUACUGGUGUCGGUGGGAAUGCCAUUCAGUUCGCAAAAUGUGCCAAACAUGUUAUUGCAGUCGACAUCGAUCCAAAGAAGAUCGAGUACGCCAAUCAUAACGCUGUCAUCUAUGAAGUUGAUGACCGAAUUGAUUUCGUGCGGGGUGACUUCUUUCUCCUGGCACCAAGACUAAAGGCAGAUACUGUCUUCUUGUCACCUCCUUGGGGAGGACCUAAUUAUAAAAAAGUAGAGAGAUAUGAUAUCAAGACGAUGCUUAAGCCACAUGAUGGCUUCCUCCUCUUCAAAACUGCCAAGGGAAUUGCCUCUAAAGUGGUCAUGUUCCUCCCAAAAAACGUGGAUAUUAACCAACUAGCAGAGCUCUCUCUUUCUUCCUGUCCUCCAUGGUCGCUAGAGGUUGAGAGGAAUUUCUUGAAUGGCAGAUUGAAGGCUAUAACUGCUUACUUCACCAACCCAGAAAUCAGCAUGAACAAUGACCAAUAAACGACAACCCGGUGAUGGAUCUAAGUUAAUAUGAAGAUCACUGCCAUGGUCACAUAUCGAGCUAAGCUUGUGCUUGCAUAAGUACGUGGGGUAGUUUUCUUGCCAGAUCAAAAUGUAAAUUCCCGGCGCCUAGCUUUUUUUCUUAGGUAAUUCAAACUUAAAAAUUAUUUUGUGCAAUGCGCUUGUUCCUAAAUUGGCUGUAAAUGACUAUGAAUUACUGUAAUUGAUACAAGCAAUCUAGCUGUCUGGAA